AAUGCCGAAGAGGAACAAGAGAGUCAAAACAUGCAAAGAUAAUAAUCUUAGCAAUUUACCAGAUGAUAUUCUUCAUCAAAUCCUCUCUUUUAUAGAUACAAAAUUUGUAGUUCAAACUUGUGUGCUCUCUAAGAGGUACCGAGACCUUUGGAAAACUAUUCCUGAUCUUAGUUUUGAUAGCACAAAUUUCAAUAGAGUUUUCUAUUUCAAGAAAUUCGUCCUUGAUGUUUUAAAUCGUCGAGACCAUUCCGUUGACAUCUGUAAGUUCUCUCUUACUUGUCGUGGUAGGAUCAAUAAGUCCUUCAUGACAAAAGUCAUUGAUUACCUUGUUUCACACAACGUUAAACAUCUUUGUUUGCAUGUGAAAUGGGGAGAAUUUCAUCUCCCACAAAGACUUAUUGCCUGCAACUCUAUCAACAGUUUAGUGAUGGAAACUUUUCGUCCUGAAAUCCUACCAGGAAAUUGGUUUGGUUUUGUGGGGUUGCAAGAUUUGCAUUUGAGUAAAAUGCAAUUUAAUUACGAAAGUCAACAACCCUUUGAUCCGUUCUCUAGUUGCCAAAAUUUAAGGAACCUGUGUUUAUGUGAUUGUUAUUUGUCUGGAUUUAGUGUUUUUAGAAUCACUGGACCUCAGCUUAUUACCUUCAACCUAUCAAAUUUUGUACUAGCAAACCCUGGCAGAAUUGAGCUUCUUGCACCAGUCCUUACUUCCUUCAGUUUAGUAAAAUCAAUACCUCUGAAUUUUGCCUUAGUUGAACUUCCUGCUAUAACAAAUGUGAAUGUUCAAGUCUUUGUACCCUUUCAAUUCUUCCUUUCAAACCCUAGUAGACAAUCCGUUGCAAAUACAUUGACCAAUAUGUUUCGAGUGCUUCGUCGUGCACGUUUUGUCACAUUAUCUUAUGGUACACUCAAGAUUCUAAUCGACGCUCCUAAUGGACUACAACCUUCUCCUUUCACGGAACUAGAAAAAAUGAAGCUGAAAAUGCAAUAUGGACAAAACUCAAUAGCGAUUCCUCCUCAUGUCUCAGCCUACUUACUCAGUGCUUCUGGUUAUCGCACAACUUUAGAAAUCCAAGUGGAAAGGUAA